AUGCAGACUAAGGUCUCAAAUGCUAAUCGGCAUUCCGGAAUAGUGAUUCGAUCUCGGACUUCAACGAUGAUGUUAUCCAUGUUCGCCACCUUAGCUUCCUUUAAGUUGCCGGCAGAGGCAAAUUUGGACAUUAGCGUCAGUUAUGAGCAACAAAAAAUGACCGAGUAUGAGUGGAUCGAUGAGGAAGAGAGGGUUCUCUUGACAAAGGAGCUUGAUAGAAUUACUGGGCAGGGACAUUCAGCAAUAUCAGUGGACGAUACUCUAAAAAUUAUUGCUUGCAGGGAACAAAAGAAGAAAUUGUCUGCAUUGGAGAUGGAACUGGUGGCAGCUAGACAGGAGGGAUUCGUUUCCAGUCACUUGCCAGAGAAAAAUAGUAUUUCUAAUAAAAGGCCUCUAGUAGUGAUAGGAAUACUUACAGGAUUUAGUCACAAGAGCAAGAGAGAUGCUGUACGCAAGGCUUGGAUGGGAACUGGUAAAGUGUUGAAAAAGGUAGAGGAUGAGAAGGGAAUAAUUGCACGUUUUGUUAUUGGGAGGAGUUCUAACCGUUCAGACAGCUUGGACAGAAGCAUUGACAAUGAAAAUAAAGAGACCAAUGAUUUUCUCAUUCUUGAAAACCAUGUUGAUGCACCUGAGGAACACCCAAACAAGACAAAGUCAUUUUUUGCUUAUGCUGCAGAAAAUUGGGAUGCUGACUUCUUUGCAAAAAUCAAUGAUGAUGUCUUUUUGAAUAUUGGUAAUUAUUAG